CGAUAAGGCGUUUUAUUUUGAUAGAAAUAUUUCCUUUUCUUGCGAAUGGAUAAUAAGCAGAUUUGAAGAGAGAGAGAGUAGAACCCAACACACCAGAGACUGUACAGAUCCAGAAGAGAAGGAGAAGAUUCAAGCAAGAACGCUGUGAUUUCAAGCAAAUGUGUAUUUGGUGAAGUGAUAACAGAGACAAUGGCGGUCGCAGCCUCCAGUGUCAACGGACUCAUCCUCACUCCGAUAUCCAAAGCCGACGAGAACUUCCAUAGACCCACCGAACUCAAAGCUUUCGAUGAUACCAAAGCCGGUGUUAAAGGCCUAAUCGACGCCGGAAUUUCUGAGAUUCCACGCAUCUUCUACAGCCCACCGGACGAUGAUGACUCCGACAAUGUUUCCGGCCGAACCCAGAUCCAGAUUCCGGUGAUAGACAUGGAGCACGUCAACAAAAAUUCACUCAAACGCAAAUACACCGUCGACAAAAUCCGAGAGGCGUCAGAGAAAUUGGGUUUCUUCCAACUGAUUAACCACGGGAUUCCGGGGAGCGUUCUUGAAGAGAUGAAAGAUGCGGUUCGGAGAUUUCACGAACAGGACACUGAAGUGAGGAAACAAUUGUAUACCCGCGAUCUCACCAAACCUUUGAUUUACAACAGUAAUAUAAGGCUGUAUAGCUCACCCACCACCGAUUGGAGGGAUACGUUUGCGUACAUAAGUGCUCCGAAUCCCCCAAAUCCGCUAGAAUUGCCUGAAAUUUGCAGAGGUAUUCUAGUGGAUUACUCGAAUCGGGUGAUGGAAAUUGGGAAAUUGCUGCUUGAACUGCUGUCGGAGGCUCUUGGGCUGAAUCCAAAUUACUUGAACGAGAUUGGGUGCAGCGAAGGGCUUGCACUUUUGGGGCACUAUUACCCAGCAUGCCCACAGCCCAAAUUGACCAUCGGAACAUCGGAGCACACCGAUAACACCUUCAUCACGGUGUUGUUGCAGGACCACAUCGGCGGCCUCCAGUUUCGUCAUCCGAACAAGUGGGUGGACAUGCCCCCUGUUGCCGGAGCAUUUGUCGUCAACAUCGGAGAUCUUAUGCAGCUAAUAACGAACGACAAAUUCAAAAGCAUUAAGCAUAGGGUUGUAGCGAACACUGAGGGUCCAAGAAUAUCAGUGGCGGGAAUUUUUUCGACGCUUGGUUUAACAACAUCCAAAUUGUAUGGACCCAUUAAGGAGUUGCUGUCAGAAGAAAAUCCUGCAAUAUACAGAGAAGCCACAAUCAGAGACAUCAAUAGUCGGUUCCGUUCGGACAAGCCUGGAAUUUCUACUUUACAGCAUCUCAAACUGAGUCAAGGAGAUGUUUAGUUUAGUUGUGGGAGGAAACUAAAGGAAACAGAGUGAUGGACUCUAUGUUGUGUUCUUCGUUUGAUUGAAAACUUCCCAUCUUAAUAAUUUGUGUGUUAUAAUAUAAUUUGAGCCACAUUCAGAUUAAUAUAUGUUAUUAUAGUUUGAGCCAGAUUCAGAGAUUA